AUGACGACACGGCUAGUACAAACGACACUGACUGGAACACCGGCAGAAGUUAGAUGUAAGUGCGGGAAAAUCUGUAAGAACCUCAGGGGUCUACGGAUUCACCAGGCAAGAUCGGCAUGUGGUCAAAAGGCAUCCCAGAAGCAGCGCACAAGUUUAAUCCUUGGUGAGACGCAGGAGGACACUAGUCAGGAGGCUACCCACAGAACUAGAGACCUCUCUGCAGAUGAGAUGCCAUCUGACAGCACACAGAUUCCUGAUGAAUCCCAGAUUGAUCCUCUCCUUGAGUUACUUCAAACCCAAGAUGACUCUGAACCAGUAAAAGAAGUACCGCAUAAGACCCCACCAGCAACACCAGAGGAGGAAAAGAGACCAAGAAUAGAGUGGCCAAAGACUUCGAAUAAAAAGGCAUGGACAGACUUUGAUCACGAGCUAGAUCUUAUCCUGGAAGCAACUCUACAAGGGGCAGUUGAGAGAAAACUAGUGGCCAUGACAAGCCUAAUUUACACGGUUGGCAAAGAACGAUAUGGAGUCUAUGUACCAAAACAUUCCAAACCGUCAAGUCAACCCAACAGGAGAGAGAGGCAGAUACAGGCCAUUAGACAAGAGCUUAAGAAACUGAGAAAGGCAUAUAGAAACGCCAAAGACGAGGAGAAACUUGGAUUGCAAGAGCUACGAGACUUGCAGAGAAAGCAACUGAGGGAACUCAGAAAAGCAGAGACAGCAAGAAAGAACAGACGAAAGAGAGCACAACAAAGGACUUCAUUUAUAGCCAACCCAUACAAGUUCUCCAAAAAGUUGCUAGACAAGGAGAAAUCAGGCAUCCUCAACAGCUCAAUGGAGGAGAUACAGACCCACCUGAGGGAUACACACUCUGACACCAGAAGAGAUGACCCUUUGGGCCCAUGUGCACACAUCAUGCCUGAACCAGCUCCAACUAUAGCACUUGACAGUAAAGAACCCACCCUGGCUGAGGUGAAAGAUGUAGUGAAGAAAGCUAGAGCUGGCUCUGCCCCAGGACCUAAUGGAAUACCAUAUAAGGUCUACAAGAUGUGCCCAAGACUGCUUCGUCGCCUUUGGCGCCUAAUUAAGGUGGUAUGGAGAAAAGGACAGGUACCCGAGUGCUGGCAGAAAGCAGAAGGCCUAUUUGUCCCUAAGGAAACAAACUCGCACAACAUUAGCCAGUUCAGGACAAUAUCACUUUUAAAUGUGGAAGGCAAGAUCUUCUUUGCUGUUCUCGCUAGAAGACUGACCACAUACCUUACUGCUAACAAAUAUGUGGAUACUUCAAUCCAAAAAGGAGGUGUGCCUGGAUUUUCUGGUUGUGUAGAGCACACAAGCGCUUUAAGCCAGCUGAUACGUGAAGCGAAAGUGAACCAACAGGAUUUGACAGUAGUAUGGCUAGACCUAGCCAAUGCAUACGGCUCCAUACCACACCAGCUAAUACGAAGAGCGCUGGAUCACUAUCACAUACCAGCACAUGUACAGAAGAUUGUCCUAGGGUACCUAGACAACAUUCAGCUGCGCUUCUCAGUGAGAGAGAAGAUAACAGAGUGGCAGAGGCUUGAGAAGGGAAUCAUUACUGGCUGCACCGUUUCCGUUGUCCUAUUUGUCAUGGGCAUGAACCUCAUCCUGAAUGCUGCCAAGAAGGAAACCCGUGGACCAAAAACUGCGUCAGGGAUCUACCUACCAAGCAACAGGAGCUUCAUGGAUGACUUGACUAUAACAACCCAGACACAUGUGCAGGCUAGAUGGGUCCUCUCAGCUCUUGAGAGUACAACAUCUUGGGCAAGAAUGAAAUUCAAGCCGAAGAAAUCCAGAAGCCUUAUCAUCAAGAAAGGCCAGUCAACCAAGAAGUUCAACCUCCAGGUACAGAGAGAAGACAUACCAUCUAUCAUGGAUAGUCCAAUCAAGUGCCUGGGCAAGUGGUAUGAUGCAAGCCUCAAUGAUACAAAUAAUGUAAAGCGCAUCAAAGGCCAGCUAAAUGAAGGGUUGAAACAAAUAGACAGGUCUUGGCUACCAGGAAAAUUCAAGGCAUGGUUGUUUCAACACGGACUACUACCUCGCCUGAUGUGGCCCCUUAUGUUGUAUGAGUUAGCAACAUCAACAGUGGAGGGCCUAGAAAGAACCAUAAGCAGGCAUCUUCGAAGAUGGUUAGGGGUACCACCAAGCUUUACAAACAUAGGUCUUUAUGGAAGAUCCAACCAGUUACAACUCCCGCUCUCAUCAUUAGUGGAGGAGUUCAAGGCAUCAAAGGCACGGCUGGUGGUAACUCUGAAAGAAUCCCGAGAUGAUAAGAUCAGGAAAGCUGGCAUAGAGACAAGAACAGGGAGAAAGUGGUCAGCCAGCCAGGCAGUGACCCAGGCAGAAACGGGCGCCAAGGUCUUGGAAUCUCAACAUGUCCUAGAUGGAGCCAAGCAGCCAGUGGGGAAAAAAGGAAAAUGGUAG